AUGGCAGUCACCAGUCAGGUGGGUGCCAGCUGCCCGGCGGUAUGUGAGUGUCCAGCCAUGCCCCUCUCGUGCCCCCCCGGGGCGAGUGCGGUGGCUGACGGCUGCGGGUGCUGCAAGGUGUGUGCCUCCCAGCUGAACCAGGACUGCAGCCCCAUGAUGCCCUGCGACCACCACAAGGGACUGGAGUGCAACUACGGCAAUGACGUGACCCUGGCCCAGGGCAUCUGCAGGGCGAGAAAGGAGGGUCGUACAUGUGAGUAUAACGGGAGGAUCUACCAGAACAGUGAGAAUUUCCACGCCGGCUGUAAACACCAGUGUACCUGCAUCGACGGCGUCGUGGGCUGUUCCCUGCUCUGUGCCAACCGUCUGCCCCCCGCCAUCCCCUCCUGCCCCUACCCCCAGCUGGUCAGGGUGCCAGGGCAGUGCUGCUUCACUGUGGACUGCCACAAGGGUACCUGGCGCCUUCCCCCCACCAAGCAACAUCGCCAACCAACACAACCCAAACCUCAGCCAGACCAGUACCAGCCGGAUAACACACUGGGCAAUGAGCUGGUGGAGAGAGGCAAGGGCUGGGAGAAUGAACAAGGCUACAAGCACCUGCCUGUAUGGAAGAAUUCGUUGGAGAAGUGUGUUGUCCAGACAACGGACUGGUCCCAUUGCUCACGAAGCUGUGGGAUGGGAGUGUCCUCACGCAUCACCAACGACAACGCCCAGUGUAAGCUGGAUAGAGAGACGCGCCUCUGCACCAUCCGGCCCUGCGGUGACGUAGCCAUCCCACCCAAGAAGGGUAAGAAGUGCUCCCCGACUCCAAAAGCCUCAGAACCCAUGCGUCUGUCGUACGGCGAGUGUCAGAGUGUCCGCCUCUACCGGCCCAAUUACUGCGGCGUGUGUACGGAUGGCCGCUGCUGCUCGCCGCGUCGCAUGCGCACUGUUCCUGUGACUUUUGUGUGCCCGGAUGGCGAGCGUUUCCAGAGAGACGCCAUGUUCAUCCAGUCGUGCAAGUGUAGCAAGGAAUGCGGCCAUCUCAACGAAGUGGCCUUGCCACCACAGCACUGGAUGUAUGGAGACACACAUAAGUUCAUCGACUAG